AUGGAAGAAGGGGCGGCGGGUGCGGCGGGCGGAGCGGAAGGUCUUCUGCGCGUGGCCGACAACACUCUAAGUGGGGACCGAGCAUCGCUCGCGGAGGAAGACGAGGACGGUUGCCAGGACCUGUGGCGGCUGCCCGUGGAGUGCAGCGUGCGCAGGCGCGAGUGUGGCCGCUGCGGCCGUCCUCAAAAGGUGUGCUUGUGUCCAUUCUUGCCAGUCCAUCCCUUGAAAGUCUCCACCUGUUUGUACAUCAUCCAGCAUCCAGCAGAGGAAAGUAGAGUACUACGGACAGUGCCUUUGCUGGCUGCUUGCCUGCCUGAAGAAAAAUGUAAAGUUUUGAUUGGUCGUCGCUUCAGUGAAGACAGGUACCCUGAGCUAGCAUCUGUGUGCAGAAAUCCUAAUACCUUGAUAUUAUAUCCUGGAGCUGGAGCAGCAAAUUUGGAAGAAGUAGAAUUGAGCUCUCUUGAUCCCUGCAUAAUCAUCAUCAUUGAUGGAACAUGGAGUCAAGCCAAAGAUAUAUUCUUUAAGAACUCCCUUUUUCGGAUACCUAAGCAGGUGCAACUGAGAACUAGCCUUUCAAGUCAGUAUGUUAUUCGUACACAGCCCACAAAUGCAUGCUUAUCCACACUUGAAUGUGCAGCUAUUGCUCUUGCAAUCAUGGAAAAAAAUGAUUAUAUUAAAGAGACUAUACUACGGCCUCUUCAAGCUCUGUGCUCUUUCCAGCUUCAGCAUGGUGCCCAAAUCCAUCACAGCAAAGAACAUCUUCUUAAAAAUGGUUUAUAUGACAAGCCCAUGCCAAAAAAUAAACGCAAACUCAGGAGAAUGGAACUCUUAGUUAAUAAUGUUAAAAUUUAGCAAUGUCAUGUAGUCAUAA